AUGUGUUCCCGUGGAUCCUGCCAUGACAAUGAGUCCUCCUGCCACGGAUCCCGCUCCUCCUGCCACGACUCAGGACCCUCCUGCCACUACAUCAUCCAGAGGCAGCCAGUGCAGAAGUUCAGCUACUGCUACCCCCCCAUGCAGUCCUAUUGCCCCCCUGUGCAGCGUUAUUGCCCCCCUGUGCAGCGCUACUGCCCCCCGAUACAGCCCUGCUGCCCCCCUGCUCCCUGCUGCCCCCAGUACACCAAGAACAUCUGCAACCUGCCACCGAAAUGCCCCAAGUACUAA